AAAGAUGGCAUUACAUCACCGUAAUUCCAUAACACGAUAAAAGAAGCGUCAACCAUAGCAUUAGGGGCUAAUAUGCCUUUAGCAGGACGAACAUGGGAAUUUGAGAAGGGGAUUUCGAACCUAACUCACUAAGUUGAAGAGUUGUAGCAGUUGCACUACUAUAAAGUUUAGGGAUUUUUCUUGCCACUAAACCCUAUACUCCCUAUUUCAAUGUGAUAUGAGCAUUAAAAUACAAAUUGGUUUCCCAGAGGCGUUAUGGCGGAUUUGGAUUUUGGAAUGUGUUCUCUCUGCAAUAAUGAAUGGGAGAGCAGAGGUAACCACUUGCUGUACUUUUCUUGUCCCUUUUCGCAACUGUGUGGACUAAAGUGUUACAUAAGACUGGAUGGAUGGAUGCAUAAUCCUCACUCCUGUGAUGCAGAAUGGAGAUGGCCAAAGGCAAAUGCUAGAGGUAGGAACAAGAAAACUGGGGUGUUAAAAGGUGGCUUUUGUGGAGUGAAAGAAAACAGAAGAAAAGCACUACCAGCGAUCGAUACUGUUAUUCAGAAUAUAAUAGCACACUUAAAGAACUGGAAUAUGGGAAUGUAAUUUGAGGAUUGUAACUGGGAAUGUUCAAUGUAGUUUGUUUACCCAUCUAGCAUGGGGCAUUGAUUGGAAUAUAUAACAGUGCUUGCCAACUAAAAACUUGUUUAAUAAUAGGGGAUGUGAAUUUUCAGGUCAAUGUGUAUAAUAAAAGGGGUGAAAGUUU